UCAGACUCUGGUGGAGGGAACCGACCAGGUUUGAAUGGAUUUUUUGAUGGAACCCGUCACUAACUUUAUGCAGCCACUUCACACCAGCACAACUCUGUAACUGACUGCUUUCCCAGCUGUAGUUUAAAGGAUUUUUCUAAAAAAAAAAAAAAAAAAAAAAUUUUACCUGAGACAGAAGUCAGACAUCACCGGCGCAGUGUGCGUGUGAAUCGUAACAUCAUUAAGAGCCUAUCAACUCUACUUUAACACUACACCAAAACAGAGGCAGAAGUGCUCAAAUUCACCGCGAUGCUUUGACAUUCACAGUAAGGGAAGGUCAUAGUAUUUCUCAGUGUUCCUAAUGGAGAAUGAGACGUCAGCAGCCUCAGGCUAUGUUCCACAUUAUCUUCUUCGAGGAGAUCCCUUUGCAUCCAAGCUGUCUAAGGAAGCCGACAUAGUGGCUGCAAUCUACAUCCUUAUUGUUGGUAUCUUGGGUGCCACUGGAAAUGGUUAUGUCAUCUUUAAGACCAUCACACGAAAAAAUAAGUUAAAGCCGCCAGAGUUUAUGACUCUGAAUCUCGCUGUACUUGACUUCGGCAUAUCAGUCUUUGGAAAGCCAUUUUUUCUGGUGUCUAGUUUUUCCCAUCGUUGGCUCUUCGGCUGGGUCGGGUGCCGCUUCUAUGGCUGGACCGGCUUUUUCUUUGGAUGUGGAAGUCUCAUUACGAUGACAAUCGUCAGCUUAGACCGCUACCUGAAAAUCUGUCAUUUAAGAUAUGGAACAUGGUUCAAGCGGAGCCACGCUAUUCUCUUAGUGAUGUUCACUUGGUUUUACGGUGCAUUCUGGGCCACCAUGCCUCUGUUGGGAUGGGGUAACUAUGCACCCGAACCGUUUGGCACCUCCUGUACUCUGGAUUGGUGGCUGGCCCAGGCCUCGGUGUCCGGACAGAGCUUUGUUAUGUGCAUGCUUAUCUUCUGCCUUGUCCUCCCCACCGGCAUUAUCGUCUUCUCUUAUGUCAUGAUCAUCUUCAAGGUGAAGUCAUCAGCCAAAGAAAUCUCUCAUUUUGACACACGGAAUCAGAACAGUAACAACCUGGAGAUGAAGUUGACUAAGGUGGCAAUGUUGAUCUGUGCAGGAUUUUUAAUAGCUUGGAUCCCUUAUGCUGUGGUGUCUGUGGUGUCUGCUUUUGGAGAGCCUGAUUCAGUGCCUAUUCCAGUGUCCGUUGUACCAACUCUUCUUGCCAAAUCCGCUGCCAUGUACAAUCCAAUCAUCUAUCAGGUCAUCGACUGCAAGAAGAAAUGUGCUUUCUGCUUUCAAUCUUGGAAUAAAAAAAGGAAACAUUACAAGUCCUCAAGGUUUUACACCGUCCCUGCAAACCUGAAGGAGAGACCAGCUCAUGAAGUUCAAAUGGAGAUAUAAGGAAAUAACCGAAACUCACAACAGGCUUGUGAAAGGACACUGUGCAACAUUCAUUAUGAUCUUACAAUUCAGACAUCAACGAUUUCCAUCCUUCUUAACUUCACUGAUGUAAUCCACUAUACUGCUUUCAAUAGAAGAAGUAAGAGGUAAAGAUGUGUAUUUUUAUUAUUUUGUAUAAUUAUUUUAAUUUAAAGCACUGCAUAUUUACAGCACCACAAAACAAUUCAAUAGAGGAUCUGCUUCAAAUAGCUAAUGUGCCUGUACAGUAGUAUGACAGUUUAAAACAAAUGCUAUAACAUGGCUCAUUUAUUUUUUGUACACUGACUAAACAUAAUGAAAACUGACCACACACAUGAGCACAUUAACCUACACAUAUACAACUGAAAACAUGUGUGUACUUUGUUACACUGGAUAUAGCACUAAGACUAUGUAUUGAAUGCAUUUUGCAUUAUCAAACACAGAUGAGCACUGAGAAGCUGGGUGAUGUGCAAUGAUUAUACAUACAGUAUCAUUUAAAGAUGUAUUUAAAUGUAUUAGUUUUUAAUAAGCCACAUAAAAGCAGACAAUCCCUUUACUGUCAAAUGUUAAAGUAUAUACAGUUGGUACAGAUAAGUUGUUAGGAGUGUGCGGAUGAAAGUUUCUAAAACAUAUGACUUGAGAUUUGAGCUAAUGGAAGUCGUGAAGCAAUACAAGCGCAAGGUUAAGGGUACAUUUUCUUGAAAAUAACUGAGAGACCCACUUACCUCUGCAAAUUGGAUCUCCAAGGGCUUUUAGUGAACAUGUACUCCAUCAAGUAAUCUGCUUAAGAAGCUUGUAUAAACACUCAGGCCCAGUUUUAUAGACAAGGCUUAGGUCUAGUCCUAGACCAAAAUAGGACAUUGUCCUAACAAUUUGCACUGACAUCUUAAAGUUAUUGUUUUUUCUCAUGAUGCACACCACAGAUGCUAUUUUUCUAAGGCACAUUUAUAACAACUACUUUAAUAUCUUAAUUUACCUAAAGCUUACUUCCGGUGUAAUCUACAGGGGGUCGCACACCGGACGCGCCGCGUUGAGUCGCGUCUAGGACAACUCAGAGGUGUCAUACACCGAAAUGCACAUUAAAUAGCGCGAGCUUGGUCAGAUAGCGUCUACUUCAAAAUGCAAAAUAUACGUUAGCAGCCAAUGUUAAUCGUUAAUGAUUUGGGACGAAUAUGAUGUUAUUUAAUGUUAAACCAUCUGAGUGGCGCAACAGGGAUUUGAGGAACUUCCUGAGUCGUAGCUGGGCGCCGCGGAUAGGCGCCACCUGUUGGCGCCGGUGUGCAUAUACUUAUAGAAAACAAUGUGUUAGAUUUUUCUAGAACGGCGCUGCGAUGAGCUGCACGUCCAGUGUGCGACCCCCUUAAGCCUUGUCUAUGAAACCAAGUCACAGUGUAUAAGAUCCCAUUGACAAACAGUAGAAUAAACUUAGUUGUGAGAACGCUUAAAGAUCCUGUGAAAUGAAAACUGACAAUUCUUACUUUUUAAUGAACUAUUGCAUUGUUCAUUACAAACAAUUUAUCCGUAUGGGUCACAAUUUUUUUUUAUGUGCCCUCAUAAACAUUAAUCAAAAUCUGUAAAUGUACUUCCGCCCUCUUGUGACGAUCCUUCCAGCCUGAUCUCACAAGAAAUCGUACAUAUUUUACGAGUUGGCUAAUGAUAAGUUUAUCGUGCAAAAAUCGUAUGAUUCUCAUGAAAAAACAACAACGAAUCCGAGCCCUGCAUCUAACCCCGACGUCACAGUGGUCAAUGCAAAUCAUACCAAAACUCACAAAUGUGGUCGUAUAAAUUAAUACUAAUUAGCCAACUCGUACAAUAUGUAUGAAUUCUCGUGAGAUAAUGUUGAUCCUUCCCUAAUGACAUCAGCUAGACGGCUUAGGCGGAGCAUCAGUUAACCCUCCCUAAAAGCUUGGCCGUCACAUGAUUCAUGGAGACUUCAGUUAGUUCCUGGAAGUUCAUACUGAGUCAUUUAAAU